AUGAACGAAUCUUAUUUAAAUGUGAAAAGAAAUUGCGCCAAAGGAGGGAAAGAAAGGAAGUCAAGGCACUUUAAGAAGAACGGUACCGAAAAAGAGGCCAGGAAGAACGACUUCGAAGAGGACCCGCAUGGUGGAACAAAUCUGGAACUGGGUAAGCAGGCUGUUGACAUGGCUAACGGCCAAACUGAGAUUGAAGGAGAAGCGAACCAGGAAAGUCGCUUACGGCAACUGGUCAUUAAGCUGCAUACCCCACGGCGGAAAGGUUUCUUGACCGAGUCGGAAAUCAGGUAUAUCCUCAAGCGUGCGAUUCGCAUACUCAAAAACGAACCAACAAUGCUCGAACUGGAAGCGCCAAUCGUCAUUUGCGGCGAUGUUCAUGGACAGUAUAACGAUCUGAUUCGCAUGUUCCAGUACGGUGGUUGGCCUCCGGAGAAGCAGUACCUGUUUCUCGGCGACUACGUCGAUCGCGGUCCUCAGAGCAUCGAAACAAUCUGCCAUUUGCUUCUGUACAAAGUGAUGUUUCCGAAACGAAUAUCUCUGCUCCGAGGAAAUCAUGAAUGCAGACCAGUCAAUGUGGUGUACGGUUUUAUGCAGGAAUGCAAAAACCGUUAUUCCGUCGAACUGUUUGAUCGUUUUCAGGAGGUGUUCAGCUGGCUGCCGAUCUGCGCGCUGGUAUCCCAGAAGCUGCUCUGCAUGCACGGCGGAAUCUCUCCGCACCUGGCCAGUUUAGACCAGAUCAAGGCCAUUGGACGACCUCUCGAUGUACCGCGCUCAGGGUUGAUAUGUGAUUUGCUAUGGUCUGAUCCGGAUCCCGAAAUUAGUGGCUGGAAGCCCAGUCAUCGAGGAGCCAGCUAUUUGUUCGGAAGCGACACAGUUUUGCAGUGUUGCAAUCGUCUCAAGAUCGACCUUGUGGUGCGGGCACAUCAGGUGGUUCCGAAAGGAUUCGAAUUUUUUGCCCAAAAUCACCUGGUAACAAUCUUCAGCGCACCAAACUACUGUAACGAGUUUGACAACGCAGGUGCAAUAAUGCUGAUCGAUGAACAUCUGAGGUGCCGGAUCUUGGUAUGUUUUACCGAAUAA